AUGGUGCGCUUUACUUCUCUUAUUGCUGCUGCUGCUACUAUUGCUGCGACCGCUCUCCCUGUUUUUGCUUCGGCUACUGGAAAUAGUGACGAGGGCCUCGUUGCUCGCACGGUGUACGCACCUAAGAUCACGUAUCCUAAAAAAAGCACUGAGUGGCGUGCCGGUACUCAUGUGCAUAUCACCUGGAGCGUUUCCGAUAUUCCUGACGACGUGAAGGGCACGAAAGGUAUGGUCAAGCUCGGACACUUGGACCCCAACGACCCCGGCGAGCACCUCGCCAACACGCUCGCCAAAGGCUUUCCCAUCACCGAUGGCCGGGUGGGCUUUGAGCUUCCUGAUAAUCUUGAGGAGCGUGACGACUACAUUGUGGUUCUCUUUGGAGACUCUGGUAACGCCUCGCCCGAAUUCACGAUCCACUCGGCCUAG